AUGGAUCCAUAUGAGUUUACGACUCAAAGUACACAUGAGGAUACGCAACAACAAGAUAUAGAUGAUGAUGAUUUAAAGAAACUUGAAAAAGAGUUGAUAUCUGCAUCUGCUGAUUACUAUGGUGUCUUGAAUGUUUCUAGAAAAGCUACAGAGGAUGAAAUUAAAGAAGCAUACAAAAAAUUAUGUAGAUUCUUUCAUCCUGAUAAACAUACAGAUGAAGUAAAAAAAAAAGUAGCAGAAUCUCGUUUUCAAGUUAUUCAAAAAGCAUAUGAAGUAUUAUGUAAUCCACAAAAAAGAAUUAUUUAUGAUACAUAUGGCGAAGAAGGAUUAAAUGCAAGCUGGGAUAUAGGACCUCGUUAUAAAACAAAAGAAGAAUUAAGAGAAGAAUAUGAGAAAAUGGCUCGACAAAAAAGAGAACAGGAAUUAGAGAACUUGGUUCGAUCAAAAGGAGAAUUUCAAUUAACAGUAAAUGCUACACAAAUAUUUGAUCCUUAUGAACCACCUAUCUUUGUUGGAUUUGGACAACAACCUUUACAACAAAAGAGAAAAAAGAAUCCUCUUAGUUUCCUUACAAAAGCACAGACACAGCAAUUAUUUAUGCGACAUUCCUUUCAGACACAAAUUGGACAACAAACACAUGCUAUUGUUAGUGGGACAAUGGUAUCAAGAUCUGGUAUGGGUGGUGGUAAUGUAUUAGGAACGAUUAGACACACUAUAUCUCCAAAAUUAUGGGGAGAAGUAACAGCUACUUUAUUGACACCUAGGAUGAUCACAUUAAAAAGUUAUUAUACAUUAUCUCAGGAUAGUUUUAUUAACUCUUCAGCUCAAAUAAAUUCUAUACAUGAGCCACCUAUACUUUCAGUUACUUUAGGUAGAAGGUUAUUUUCUACUACAACAGGAUAUAUGACCUAUCGUACUGGUGAAUGGUCUUUAUUAGGUUGGGGUGGUGAUGUCUCUCAAAAGAUGGAUAGAUCUUCUGUAUCGCUUGGUAUGGCUGGCACACAUAAACGUGGUAAUCAUUACAGUGGUGAAAUACAGACUGGCAUUAUGUCUUCUCAUAUUGCUGGUGAAUAUACAUAUAAAUUACCUCAUCAAGCACGUCUUCGAUUAUCUUGUUCUUUAUCUUCACAAGGUGGGAUUAUGGCAAGUAUCGGUAGUGACCAUAAAAUUAGUCAACAUGUAAGAAUGGGUAUGUCGAUGGAAUGUGGUUUACCUUCAGGCGUUAUUGUGAAGUUUAGAGUAUCUCGUCUUGGCCAAAAAAUUGUAUUACCCAUUAUUCUUUCAUCCGAGUUAGACCUCAAGCUAGCUUUCUUCGGUGCAGUCAUUCCUGCUUCCGUCGCAAUAGCCCUUGAUCAACUCGUUUUAAAACCCCGAAGAAAGCGAUUAAUUAAGCAAAAAAUUGAUGAAUUAAGAGCUGAACAUGCUGAAUACCUUGAAAAUCGUAAACAAGAAGCAUUAGAAGCUCAAUCACUUAUGUCUGACAUAGCAGAAAGAAAGAAAAAACAAGAAGAGAAAAAAGACGAUGGUCUUGUCAUUGUUAAAGCAUGGUAUGGUCAUUUAGAGAAUUUAGAUAAAGAUGAGGAAGGAGUUGUUGAUGUCAGUAUUGUAAUUCAAACGCUUGUCUAUGAGUCGAGACUGACGAUCCCAGGCGGACAUUCAAAAUCAAAUAUACUUGGAUUUUAUGAUCCCUGCUUAGGAGAAAAGAAGCAAUUAUAUGUACAAUAUAGAUUUAGACAUAGACUUCAUCAAGUUACUGUAGAAGAUACAGCUGCUUUAAUUUGUCCUGCUCAAGCGCAUCUUCUUAAUUUGUAA